ACUUCCAAUUGACUUCAGUGGUAAUCGGCUGUCAAUUCCCAUCACUAUUAGGGGCGUACAAAAUCGGUGUUAUCUUUAUUUCGUUUAAUAGUUAUAUUUUUAUUGUCGCGCUGUGCAAUUGUGCAGAAAUGAUGGCAGAAUCAGAUACGAGCACCGAUGCAACAAGAAGAUUAAAUGUCAAAAAACAAACAUUAGACGAUGCUUAUGCGGCGCCCGCAAACUUUCUAGAAAUAGACGUUGUUAAUCCUGUAACGUCAAUGGGAGUCGGAAAGAAAAGAUACACAGAUUACGAAGUUCGAAUGAAGACCAAUUUGCCAGUUUUUAAAGUGAAGGAUUCAAGUGUACGCAGGCGCUACAGUGAUUUUGAAUGGCUUCGCAAUGAAUUGGAACGCGACAGUAAAAUUGUUGUACCACCACUACCUGGCAAGGCUUGGAAAAGGCAAAUGCCUUUUCGAGGAGAUGAUGGUAUUUUUGAAGAAGAAUUUAUUGAAGACCGCAGAAAGGGAUUAGAAAUAUUUGUGAACAAGAUUGCUGGUCACCCACUUGCUCAAAAUGAACGUUGCUUGCAUAUGUUUCUACAAGAUACUACAAUAGAUAAAAAUUACGUCCCGGGUAAAAUUAGAAACACAUAAUUUUAAUGACAUCACUUUAGUUAUAUUAAGUAUCCAACACUGAUAUAUGAUGAAAUAUGUAUACAUACAUGUACUGAUAUUAAAUGUAUGGAUGUAUUUAAAUUCAUA